AUGUACAUGUACACCAUCCUCCUUCUUUCCCUCCUGAUAUACUCAAUAAGUUUGGCCAGACCAGGUGUUCGACUCCCAUACAACCCUGACCGAAGAUUACUGCCUAUCCAAUCUCAUGGCUCUGAUUCCGAACGACCGGUGAAACGAGAGGAAGAUUUGAGUAGGAGGAUGUACUCCCAGGAGGAAUUGAGGUACUGGAGUAGUGGUGGGAGAGACAGAAGACAAAUGAGGUGGGAGCAGCAGAUUGCCUAUGAAGGGAAGACGUUCUUUGAUGGCUGGGAGUUCUUCACUCAGCCUGAUCCUACUCUCGGACUGGUAACAUAUGUCGAUAAUUCUACUGCAUUCAAGAAGGGUUUGGCAUUCUGGACAGGAGAUGGGAAACCAGGUAUUCAAGUGGAUCACUUCUCGAGUACACCGGUCAACACACCCCGAGAUUCAGUGAGGAUAACUACCAAAUCGAUGUUUGCCGGAGGACUGUUUAUCGUCGAUAUGGCUCUUAUGCCGUGGGGGUGUGGUGUAUGGCCGGCGUUCUGGACGUUGGGAUAUCAAGCGGAGUGGCCAACCGCUGGUGAGAUAGAUAUAGUGGAAGGAAUACAGGCUAUGACCAACAAUCAUACCUUACCCGGAUGCGAGAUCAAUCAAGCUCCAGGAAUGUACACUGGUCAACUUGGAAAUACAAAUUGCGAUUCGACAACAGGUGGAAGUGGCUGUACGAUCGGAUCCGACUCGCAAACUUCCUUUGGUAUGCCUUUCAACGAAGCUGGAGGAGGGGUGUUUGCGAUGUUGUGGAACAAUGAUGGAGUGAGGAUGUGGGAUUGGAAUCGAGCUCAAAUACCCAGCGAUAUCAAGUCCAACUCUCCUACACCUGACCAAUGGGGCACACCGAGAGCAGCGUGGGACGCAUCGACCUGCGAUCCGUAUAAAUUCUUUCAAGCUCAGGUAUUAGUGUUGAACAUUGAUCUGUGUGGUGUAUGGGCAGGUGCAUUGUACGAGACAUUCGACUAUUGUCCCGGUACUUGUGCAGAAUACAUAUCCGAUCCGAAAAACCUCAAUAACAUGGUGAUGCUCCUAAACUAUAUCAAAGUAUUCCAACAGACCGGCACCUCGCCCAUACCCGAACAAGCUCACGAUAAUUCCAACUUGACAGGAGCAGGUGGGGAUGCACCGCUGAAUGCGAGUGAGGUAAAUGCCAGCGUGAGGCAAAGUCAAAGUAGUUCGGCGGUCAUUCCGAAUUCCAGUGGAGGUUCGUCGAGCGGAUUGAGAGGGAUAAGAUUACCGAGUUCGUGGUCCGGAUUGAUAUUGGGAGUUAUCAUGAUUUUGACGAUUUGA